GGUUGGGGGGCUCUGAGGGGGUGUGAGGGUUCAGGGAAGAGUGUGGCCGCGCGGGGAAUGUUGUGGAGAGGGGAGUCAGGCUCUUCUCGCAGGCAUGGCAGCGCGGGGAGUGGUUUGGGUUGGGCAGCACCUCAAGCAUCAUCCCCGCGGGCAGGGACAGCCGGCACUAUCCCAAGUUGCUCCAAGCUGCAUCCAGCUUGGCCUUGGGUGCUUGCCGGUGUUGCAGAGAGGGGUUCCGAGGCAUCGGUGCCACUGGUGCCGGCUUUCCGCAGGGCAGGCCGCGGCUCUGGCCAUGGUGGCCGUGCUGUGGGGCGGGAGCAGCCCCUUCCUGAGGGCAGCAGCGGCGGGCAUGGACGAGCUGCGGGGCCGGGGCCGCCUGGGGCAGCUGCUGGCUGAGCUCCGCUUCCUCUGCUUCAACUACAAGUACCUGGUGCCCUUCCUGCUCAACCAAGGCGGAUCCCUCCUCUUCUACCUCACCUUGGCCUCCACAGACCUGUCCCUGGCAGUCCCACUCUGCAACUCCCUGGCUUUGGUUGUGACCUUGGUGACUGGGAAGAUCCUGGGAGAGGACAUUGGUGGGAAAAGAGCUGUGGCAGGAAUGCUGCUCACCAUGCUGGGAGUGUCCCUGUGUGUGGCUGGCUCCUGAAGGAGAAGCAGAGCAGCAGGACCUGCUGGAAGGUACCUCCCCGUCUGGCUGAGGGAGUUUUUGGCUCUGUCCCACCUGGGAAGUUGUGUUUGGAUGUCAGGAUCCAUGGAUUCCCUGAGCACCAGGCUGGGAGCAGGCCCCGUUGCAAGCUGAGCCAAUUUCGUGCCUUAAGGAAUUUUUUGGUGGCUGUUUCAAGACAAAAACGAUGAAAUGGUUUUGUGCAGCACUGGAGGGAUAAUAAAUGGUUAAUAAAUCA